CUUUCUUCUAGGGUCUGCUUUGUUUAUACAGGAAGAAACCAUGUGCAGUUGCCUCUUGGAUCCCAAAAAGAGGAAAAAAAUAUGAUUGUCAAAGUUAGUGCAGCUUAUCCGCUGGAAUUCUCAAGAAUACCACUUCUGUAAGGCAAUGCUAUUCCCAUUACCAAAUGAGGGAGCAAACGCAGAAUCAACCGAUUGACAUCCUUAGAUUCCCUUCUGCAUGGAAUCAACUUACCUUUUCCUCAGAGCCAACUCCCAAACUCCUUAAGAUUGCACUCUUUAUCAAGAAAUGGCCUGAUCCAUCUCAUGCAGGGGGGCUUGAACGGCACGCCUUGACCCUCCACCUUGCUCUUGCCAAAAGAGGCCAUGAGAUUCACAUCUUCACCAGUUCUUCCUCAAACUCCUUCCCAAGAUAUCCAGUAAGCAAUUUAUAUUUUCACCUCUCAAAGCCAACCACUGCAGGUUAUCUUGAUCAAGCAUCAGUUUGGAAGCAAUUUCAAACCCAAAACACAACUGGAAGGUCAUUUGAUGUGAUCCACACUGAAAGUGUUGGACUCAGGCAUACAAGAUCGCGAUAUCUGACGAAGUUAGCUGUUACAUGGCAUGGUAUUGCAUAUGAAACCAUUCAUUCUGACAUCAUUCAAGAACUUUCACGACCUUCUGAAGAACUGCAGGCACAUGCGUUAACUGAAAGAGCUAUGAAGGUUGUUGAAGAGGUGAAGUUCUUCACAAGUUAUGCCCACCAUGUUGCUACAAGCGAUCAUGCUGGAGAUGUCUUGAAAAGAGUCUACAUGAUCCCAGAAGAACGAGUUCAUAUUAUUCUCAAUGGUGUAGAUGAGGAGAUUUUCAAGCCUGAUGUUGCCAAGGGAAAGGAAUUUAAGAAAAAGUUUGGCAUUCCAGCUUUGAAGUUAUUGGUUCUGGGAUUGGCUGGGAGAUUGGUAAAGGACAAAGGACAUCCAUUAAUGUUUGAAACUCUGAAGGAAAUGUUCAAGGAAAACGUUACAUUCCGGGAAACCAGUGUUGUUCUGAUUGCUGGGGAUGGUCCUUGGGGUGUUAGAUACAGAGAUCUUGGGGCAAAUGUAUUGGUUCUGGGGCCUCUAGAUCAAGCUAAACUAGCAAAGUUUUAUAAUGCCAUUGAUAUUUUUGUAAACCCAACUCUUCGAGCACAGGGGUUGGAUCAUACUCUGUUGGAAGCAAUGCUUUCUGCUAAGCCAGUGAUGGCUACGAGGCUGGCCAGCAUUACAGGGUCUGUGAUCGUUGGCACAGAAAUGGGCUAUGCAUUUUCGCCAACGCGAACUUCGUUAAAACAGGCCUUGUACCAAGCUUGGCUUGAUGGCAGAGGAGUUCUGGAGAAGAAAGGCCAGGCUGCUCUGCAGAGAGGUUUGGAGUUUUUCACUGCCACCAAGAUGGCUGCCUCGUAUGAGAGGCUAUUCCUCUGCAUAUCAACUGAUGGGAAUGGGAAGGACAGUGACAAUUAUUGUCAAUACCAGUCUACUUCCAAUUAAAAUGGUGACAUGAACCUCCAUCUCGGAAGGGCUUAAUGAAGCAAUAAUAAGACCAAGUGCAAGCAAGCGUUAUCAAGCUUUAUUUGCAGCAUUCCAUCCGAGGAAACUUGGGGAGGAGAAAGGGGAAGGGCGGCUACAUCAUAAAGACAUUGGACCUCCAAUAUAUUGGGUUCAUAUUCAUGAGAGCUACUUGUGUGAAACUGUAACCUCAUCAAGUGAAUCUAGCCAGCAAAAAGCUACUGGUGAGUAUUAUCAUGUGCCCACAAACACCUAGAAAAUGCAAGGAUUUUUGCUGGAUGCACUCUUUUUUGUUUUUUGUUUUUUUGGGUGCAUUAAUAGGCUGCGUCUGUCAGAUUCCUGAAUUGGAAAAUGGUAUUUAUGUUUGCUCAAUUUGAUAGUAAACGACCAGACCAGUUAACUGAGAUAAUUAUGAGGAUUUUUUUACCAUUUAUAUCAUGCGUGAAUCAUCUGUUUCUAAUUUUCAAACUAUCCUUAUUGAUUGGUUUCCAAU